AUGGGGACCCUCGAUCCUCGCGUUCGGCGCACAACACAAAACAUUCAGUGCCUAUACAACCUUGAUCGCCGCAUCCAUGCCAUCAAAGCUUACCCGACAUUGUCUCCCCAAGGAGCAAGCAUAUUUCUCUACGGCCACGAGAAUGGCAUCACUAUCGUCUGGCGCGGAGGACGGCGACUUAAAAGAGCCCCCAAGGCCCAGUCGAAGCCGACCCCAAAGAGCGACUCGGUCAUGAUACUCGACUCGGACUCGGACGAAGGCGCCGCUUCCGGACCUUCAGCCUCAGCUGCCUAUGUUGACAAUCCCGAGUUCGAAGACGCACCCGCGGAGACAUCAGAGGAUGGCUUUCCCGAAGUACAGCAGACUCUGGACUUGGCCUUGGGAACUGCAGUACUCCACGUGGCCGUGCUACCGCUGGCGCCUUCUUCCGCCAAGGACGCCGAGCCGGCCUUCCUCCGAGAGCAGAUGGUGUUUGCCGUUACCUGUGCCACGGCCGACGUCUACGUCGUCACCCUGCCCCUGACACCCCCGUCCAACGAGAGCAAGGAGCGGCCGCAGCUACAGUCGACCCUCCUGGCCGGCAAUGCCGGCCGUGGCGCGUUUGGCGAAGAGCUUAUUUCUCUUGGUGGCCAAGCGAAGCCCUCUAACGGCGUGGCUCUGACCUUGGCAAAGCAGAAGGCGACACCUGCCACGUCUGCUGCGACAACGCGCACUGGUGCUGCUGUGGCUAGCUCACCCACGCGAGUCAUUGUCGCUGCCCAUUCUCGCGAGGCCUCUGGCACCCUUCGGUUGUGGGACGUCACUGUCGGUGCCAAGCGCUCCGUCUCCGUCUCUGCUCUGCAGUCGCUAGACCGCCCUCUGGAGCCGUUCCAGACCGAGCUCCUGCAAAAGCCCCUGGCUAACGUGGCAUUCAACCCUACACACCCUACACAGCUUCUUGCUACGUCCCCGCAAGAUGCGGUUCGCAUCUACGACUACGCAAUGCCAGCCAUACCGUCGGACUAUGUAUCCGAUGGGCCCUUCCCAACGCAAGGCUCCUGGCUCCUCUCGCUCUACCCACCGUUUGCCCGCAGCCAGACCGCAUCUGCAGUUAGGAAGCCCAUUGUGUCUGCAGCUUGGGUGGCCCAUGGCCAUGCCAUCUUAGUCCUUUUGGCCGACGGCCAAUGGGGCAUCUGGGACAUUGAUCGUGCCGGAAGUGCCACCGGCGAGCCAAGUAGCCGGUCGGCCACGUCGGGUGUUCGUGGAGCCGCAUUGACGGCGUUCAGCAUAUCUGGCCAGAUUGAGGGAACAAGCCCACUUCGGAACCCGGUCGCUUCAACGCGAAAGUCUGCGGAGGAGGGUCUUGUAGCCCUCCGUGGUGGCGUCGAGGUCGUGCAGCAGUGCUCUGUACGCGGCAACAACGCCUCUAGCGAGGGUGCGGUGCUCUGGUUGGGCGGUGCUGACUACAUCGUUGCUGUCAUACCCGAUUUGGCCCGCUUCUGGGACGCACAACUCCGUGGGUCCCACGGCGGCGGUGUAAAUCUGUUCAGUGGAUCGCGACCAGCCAGAAUGACUCGCCUCACGGAGCUGAAUACCAGCCUGAUGGGAGAAAGAUGCUGCGGCGUCAGCGCAGUUCCACGGCUGCCUCUCUCACAGUUCAACAGCACGGGUGAAGAGGAGGAUGUAUCUUCGAGUACCGGAAAGCCGCCGAUCGAAAUUCUGAUACAAGGCGAGAGUCGGCUGGUGGUGGUUCGCGAAAACAACGAUGACGUAUUCACAAGCGAUCUGAGUUUACGCCUAUUGGCAACUUCUAGAAAGAGAAAGGCCGGGAACACGGCCAACACCGCCAUUGUGGUUGAGCCGCCAUCGCGGCCAUCGGGCACGGUCUCAUUCGAACUGGGCCUGAACAACCAGGGAAGUGUUCGUGGCGCCCCGCGUGGACCUUCAGUGCCACGGUUCGAGCCCCGUCCGGGCGGGAAGUCCCUGUUCCAGACACUUUCACGACCAGCGUUGUCGGCCGGGUCCGCGGCCACCCCCCCGAAUGGGUCGCAACAGACUUCGUUCAGUGAAUACGAUAACGGUAUCUCGUUCACCCAAAGCAUGAUGGUACCACAGAAACCUAAGGUGGAGAGCGGCCUGGCUUUCGCGGGCAACCUGGACGAUGCUGCAAAUGCGACAGACGAUGAAGAGGCUGCGAAUGAGCGCAAUGUUGAGGAGGAAAUGCUCAAUCUUAUGGAGAUCGACCAGGCCCUCGGGGCUAUGGAUGAGCAUCAUGGCACAGACAAGCAAAAUGUCUUCUUUGAAGGUGAAUAG